AUGUUUAAGAAAUUCAAAAGGGGUAUCGGGGCGUGGCCAAGACACCGAGGUGCAUGGACGCAUGAAUCCCGAGCUCCGUCCUUGACCGAGAUCCAUAGGGGAUACCUGGCAUCCAACAGCACACAUGGCAACCAAAAAGAACCGCAGCAAUGCGGGGAACACCCCAGCGACGGUUUCCCCAGCUGCCAAAACAUCCCUAUGGAGAUUUUUCACGGAGCAAUCAGACCCGCGGGAAACACACGAGGCAGCCAGCCGUCCAGCCCAUCAGCAUCGGAAUGCUCGGCAGAGGAAUCCGAUAUUAGGGCAAUACUAACCCAACUGCCCUCCAAAACUGACCUUGCAGCCAUGUUUUAAAGACUAGAGGACAGUUUUAGCGAAAAACUCCAGGCAGUGAGCGCAGAUGUGCAGCAACUAGGCAAUAGAGUGCAGGCCUUGGAAGAAGAGAAUGAAACUGCCGACAGGCAACGGGCUGAAUGCCACACUACACAAGAGACACACUCUGAAGCGAUCAGACACCUGCAAAGGAGGUUGGAAGAUGUUGACAAUCGGGGACGACGAAACAACCUGAGGGUAAGAGGUAUACCUGAGGGGCCGGACGGCACCACAGAGAACCCCAUACAGAUCCUAACAACCUUCUUCAACCAUAUUUUAGCCAGACCCCCAGAAACAGCCAUCCAGUUCGACAGAGCCCACAGAGCAGCAAGGCCCAGAAAUCUACCCCCAGACAGGCCACGAGACACUAUAUGCAGAAUACAUAACUUCCCUCUGAAAGAGGAGAUCUUCCAUAAAGCCCGCCAAAAUAAAGAACUAUCGGUCGACGGCCAUCAGGUGACCGUGUUCCAAGACUUAUCACCGUCCACUCUGCAGGCAAGAAGGGCCUUACGACCUAUCACACAGGCUCUAAUGGAAAGACAAAUCAAGUUCAGGUGGAACUUCCCAUUUGCUUUAACAGUGACCUAUAAGGAUAAGACUCACACCAUUACUACGCCAGCGGAUAUACCCGACUUCCAGAGGGACUUAAAUCUGCCACCAUACGAGGUGGAGGACUGGACCGGCCUGUCAGGUCCCCCACCAAAGCAGCCGCAGCAACGACCUAAAUGGCAGAGAACCCCGAGGAAGAGACAUAGGCUGAACCAAAAAGGAACCGAUGCCCAUGCCUCGCCCGGAGACAAAGCAACCUGA